CGGCGUCUCCGCACGGUGGGCCGGGCACGUCGUGCCGGGGUAGUUUGGUCGGUAAUUGUGGCAGCGACCCAGCGGUGGCCAGCGCUGCGGGCCCAGGGAAUACGGGCUUUGGUGAGGCGGGAACAGGACGCAGGAGUGGGGCUGCGGGCUGCUGAAGCGGCUGACGGGGGGAUCGCGGUCGCCUUCUGCCGGCAGCUCGCGAUCCGUGGGUGCGGCGUGUGCUCGGCUCACCUGUGCAUGGCCGCCGCGCUCCUCCAGUCGGAGUCCCCUGGCUGUGCCCGGAGGCUCAUCUCGCGUCUGUCCCGCGCCUCCUUUGGCCAACUUUGAUUUUUCCCGCCAGCACCCCCCCUUCUCGCCCCUGUCCUGACCCCGUCCUCCCUCCUGUACCGCACCCCUCUCCCUGGCCCGUCUUAUGUACCCUCCCGGGAGGAGGCAGGCUGUCCGUUCCUGCCCCCCGCCUGCGCUCCCGGACCUCGACCCAAGCCCUCGUUCUGACUAGCGUGCUUGAGGAGCGCCCACCUCACCUUUCUCGCAGUUGGAAGCCGGGAACUUGCUCUUGCUUACUUGGCUGGGCUGCCGUGGGUGUCACUUCUGCCUUCCCCUUCUCCAGGCAAUGGACGGCUCCUUCGUCCAGCACAGCGUGAGGGUUCUGCAGGAGCUCAACAAGCAGCGGGAGAAGGGACAGUACUGCGACGCCACCCUGGACGUGGGGGGCCUGGUGUUCAAGGCACACUGGAGUGUCCUUGCCUGCUGCAGCCACUUCUUCCAGAGCCUCUAUGGGGACGGGUCAGGGGGCAGUGUUGUCCUCCCUGCUGGUUUCGCAGAGAUCUUUGGCCUCCUCCUGGACUUUUUCUACACUGGUCACCUUGCCCUCACCUCAGGGAACCGGGAUCAGGUGCUCCUGGCAGCCAGGGAGUUGCGAGUGCCAGAGGCCGUGGAGCUGUGCCAGAGCUUCCAGCCCAAAACUUCCGGGGGACUGGCAUUGAGUGGCCAUAGUGGGCUGGGGAAACCUGCCUCCCGGGACGUGGACAGCCACCUCAAGGAGCCAACGGACUUGGGGGAAGAGGAACGUUCCAGAACUCUGGGCCUGGUUCCCAGGCCUCAGGAUCCCAGAGACAGUCACGGCUGCCAGAGGCCUCAGCUAAGUCCCUCUGCUGAGACUGAGAACCCCUCCUUUCUCCGAGGGAAACUCAAGCAGGCUGUGAAGCCUUGUUCCCCAGAGGACAAGGAGCCCGAGGACUGCAAAAUGUCCCCAAGGCCCUUCCAGGCAGAAGGUGCUCAGCUGCAGGGCGGGAAUAACGAGUGGGAAGUGGUGGUUCAGGUUGAGGAUGACGGGGAUGGCGACUAUGUUUCUGAGCCUGAGAGUGUGCUGACCGGGAGGAAGUCAAACGUAAUCAGAAAGCCGUGUGCUGCCGGGCCAGCCCUGGGCUCGGGUUCCCUAGCAGUUGAGCCCACUGAGAACAGAAAAGGGACAGCGGUGCCUGUUGAAUGCCCCACAUGCCAUAAAAAGUUCCUCAGCAAAUAUUACCUAAAAGUCCACAACAGGAAGCACACCGGGGAGAAGCCCUUUGAGUGUCCCAAGUGUGGGAAGUGCUACUUCCGGAAGGAGAACCUCCUGGAGCACGAAGCCCGGAAUUGCAUGAACCGCUCGGAGCAGGUCUUCACAUGCUCCGUGUGCCAGGAGACCUUCCGCCGGAGAACGGAGCUGCGCGUGCACAUGGUGUCGCACACAGGGGAGAUGCCCUACAAGUGCUCCUCCUGCUCCCAGCAAUUCAUGCAGAAGAAGGAUUUGCAGAGCCACAUGAUCAAGCUGCAUGGAGCCCCCAAGCCCCACGCAUGCCCUACCUGCGCCAAGUGCUUCCUGUCCCGGACUGAGCUACAGCUGCAUGAGGCCUUUAAGCACCGUGGCGAGAAGCUGUUCGUGUGUGAGGAGUGCGGGCACCGGGCCUCGAGCCGCAACGGGCUGCAGAUGCACAUCAAGGCCAAGCACAGGAACGAGCGGCCGUAUGUCUGUGAGUUCUGCAGUCACGCCUUCACCCAGAAGGCCAACCUCAACAUGCACCUGCGCACACACACAGGGGAGAAGCCCUUCCAGUGCCAUCUCUGUGGCAAGACCUUUCGCACCCAAGCCAGCCUGGACAAGCACAACCGCACCCACACAGGCGAGCGACCCUUCAGCUGCGAGUUCUGCGAGCAGCGCUUCACAGAGAAGGGGCCCCUCCUGAGGCACGUGGCCAGCCGCCACCAGGAGGGCCGCCCUCACUUCUGCCAGAUCUGUGGCAAGACCUUCAAAGCCGUGGAGCAGUUACGUGUGCACGUCAGGAGGCAUAAGGGGGUGAGGAAGUUCGAGUGUACAGAGUGUGGCUACAAAUUCACACGGCAGGCCCACCUGCGGAGGCACAUGGAGAUCCACGACCGUGUGGAGAACUAUAACCCACGGCAGCGCAAGCUCCGCAACCUUGUUAUUGAGGACGAGAAGGUGGUGGUGGUGGCGCUGCAGCCACCAGCAGAGCUGGAGGUGGGCUCGGCCGAGGUCAUUGUGGAGUCCCUAGCCCAGGGCAGCCUGGCCUCCCAGCUGCCCAGCCAGAGACUGUGCACGGAGGAGGGCUUCACUGGCCCAGGCGUCCUGGAGCCCUCGCUCAUCAUCACGGCUGCUGUCCCCGAGGACUGUGACACAUAACCCCCCUCCUCGGAGCCCAGCUCCCAAUAAACCUGAGGUUUGGACU